UUAUGCAUGGUAUUUAAUAGCAUUAGUUGUUGUUAUCAGUGGUGCUAUGAUGACACCAUUUGCAAUAUUAGUUGACUGGUACAAAAACGAUGGUUUUAUCACCUGUUGGUUAAAUUAUGAUCAAAUUUUUUUAAAUAUAUAUCAUUCUUUUCUAUCUGGUUCCUGUUUUAUACAAAUUAUGGUUGUCAGUUGCUUAAACAUCUCAUUUCUUAUUAAAAUACGUAAUUUGAUUAAAAAUCGACGUCAAUUAAAUAAAAAAUCGAAUGAAUGUAAAGAAGUGGCUGCUUCAAUUGUCCUAUUAAUUCUCUGUGUAUCUACGUUAAUCGCUUCAUUGCCUCAAAGUACAGCAUAUAUUGUAUCCUUUAUCUUACCAUCUCUACUAAAAAGGGAAUCAUUACGUGGACCACUUCGUUUAGCUUAUAAUAUUGCAGAUAUUUCAUGGCAUUUCAUAUUUAUUCAAGCCUCCUGUAAUAUUUUUCUUUAUGCUCAUCGGAUUAGAAAAUUUCGAAUUGUUUUAUUUCGUAUAAUAAAAUGUCAAAAUUUACAAGAUAUAUCCAGUAAUCGAACAUCAACUGACUUUACUACAAAAGUGAUCACCAAAAAUACUGGUGCUUAAAAUAUUCUCAUGGGCCCAAUUGAUCUCUUUUUUCCUCUUUUUUUAAAAGUCAUGCUUGAAGACUGAAUAGACUAUGUUCUAUAUUUUAUGCCUAAUUGCUAUAGCUUUUUAUUAGAAGAAUGUAUAUGUAAUCUUGCCUUAUAUUUAUUAGUUAUUUUCUGUGAUUCUGUUAUUGAAAUGUACACAUGCUUGAUAGUGUUGUUUAUAUGCAAAUCUAUCUCUUCUUUACGUGUGUAUGUGUGUUGCAACAAUGAUUUGAAAAGUAGAUCAAUUUACAGGCACAUCCUUCGUGUGAUGUUUCUUUGUACGUCUGUGAAUAUCACCAAAUUAAUUAUGAUGAACCUUGAAUGAGUAAAGUGAUUGAAUAAAUAAAGAAUUAUGUUUAAA